CUAUUGGCUUAACAAUAGCACAUCAUGGUUUGGAAGAUCUUGCCAGAAUUGUAUUGAACACAUGAGGUUCUCUGCAAAUAGCAACAUAAUGAUAUUGUAGAAGAUGUACACUUGGUCAGUGCAUCUAUAGUUGCAUCCUUGUGAUAUACUCAAGCAACAGGGUUGCAAUUAAUAGUAAAAUAAUACCUGGAAACAAUAUGCAAUGGACCUUUUCUUUUGGUCUACUGUUACAUCAAUAACUUUUUUCUCAAAAUAAUUGCUAUGUCCUUAGCUGCUGCCAGCAGCUCUUGUAUCUAUCUUUCAUACCAGUGACUGAUAUAUAUGUGCCAGUUUUGUUGCCAAGAUGUCAGAGUGCAUCCACAAGAAAAUACUGUAUCAGAAUUUCACAACUGGGUGCAGUUUUUGUUUUUUGUUUUGCGGGAAUACAGUUGAUUGGUUGAUCCAGUGGUUAACAUGAGGACUCAAUAUUUAUGCUAAAUUAUCUUGAGAUCACAGUGAAAUGGUCUUUGCAUGAUGGUCGUGGAGGACCAGGAAUGGCAUCUAGCGCUGAUGCUCAGAAACAAUCAACUGCAGCUCCCGUUGUAGGAGACACCAGCCUUCAUCAGCUUGUUGGUCUUCCACCGGCAAUACACGCUGCAUCUGUGAUGGCUGGUGUUCUUGGGGGAGCUCAAACUGCAAAUGUGCAAAAUGGUUUACCCGUCCAAUUUGGGCUUGGAAAUGACCCUCUUACCCAUUACUUGGCAAGGAUGUCAAGGCAUCAGUUGUAUGAAAUCAUGUCUGAGUUGAAGACCCUAACUACUCAAAAUAAGGAGCUUGCCAAAAAACUGCUGCAAGGAAUUCCACAGCUUCCAAAGGCCCUAUUUCAGGCACAAAUAAUGCUUGGGAUGGUGACACCUCAGAUGAUGCAGAUGGCGAAGAACCAACAGCCCUCUAGCUCGUUGACACAAUCUUCUCACCUCAAUGAAUCAUUUCCGCAGCCAGAUGCUUUGAUACCAGCUGUUCCUAUACCUCCACAAAACCCUAAUGCCCUGCAGGAACCACCACUGCAUAAUUUUCCUCAGUAUCAGCAUUCGACUCAGCCUCCAGUCAAAAUGUUUCCACAUGGACAUCAGUCUGGUGUGAUGGCACACCCUCCAACUCAGCCCUUUGGAACCUCUUCCAGUGGUCCUAUUCAACCCCUCACAACCUCAGGAGGCUUGAUGUCACAAGUUCAGCCUCCAUUCUUGCCACCUCACCCUAGACCACCAGUUAUGCCAACUAAUGUACAACAACUACCUUUGACCAAUCCUCUUCUAUCUCAGGUUGCUGCUGCACCUGAUAUACCCCUGCAGGAAUCUAGAUUGCCUGAUCGAGCUAGUCAUCAGGCAGCGUUGACUCAUCCUUCAAAAUUGCGGAAAUUGGAGGAUGGAACAUCAACACCUGGAAAUGUAAACAAUAGUCAUGGUGUUUAUUCUGCUCCAUCGCAGAUAGUGGUCCCUGGUGGACCAUCAGGGAGCUAUAGUUCUGGUGCUGUUAAUUUUCAGCAACCAGAGAAUGAAGUUGCUCAGCUCACGCCCGACGAUGAGUCAGCUCUUCUGCAGCAGGUCUUACAGCUGACACCCGAGCAGCUGAGUUCGUUGCCACUAGAGCAGCAGCAGCAGGUGAUCCAGCUUCAGAAGAUGCUAUCAGCUGGUAAAUAACACCUGCUGAAUAGACAGACCUAAACUGUUACAUACAUAGACAAUAUGGAAGAAGUGGCGAAACUGGACACGAUCGUAGUCAAUACCUGUAGCCACACAUGUAGCUUCUCAACUUUGUUGGUAUGGCCAUCAGUUUUGUUCUUGGUUAUUUAUCUGGCAUUCUUUGUAAAGUUGGAGAUAGAAAUGUGAUGGCAAUAGAUGUAGCGAGGAAAGGUGAUAAUUAUCAGGCAGUUUGUAACAGUUUAGAAAAGAAUAAUCUUAUCAAGAGAAGGGAGGUGUAUUUGUGUUUCCGUAUUGUUUGUAGCAUCAGAUGUUUUUAUUUUUGUUUAUUUGAAACUUUUAUCGUUGAAGGCUCCGGAUGUAUGCAUGAUGAGCUAUAAAUUUGUUA